CCUGCACCAAGUGCAUCUUUGGACAUGCAAACACUAGUUAAAAACUGUAUAGAGACAACAACAGCCGGAUAUUUAUCUACACUUCCGCCAGAAACAUCUGAAUACCAACUAUUAACAACAAGAACGGACAAUAAUUAUAAAAGUUCAUAUAUCACCACAAUGGAAAACAAAGAUACAACUGAGUCGGGCACAACGAUUAAUAUCGUACACAAAACAAUAACGGCCUUGUCAACAAAUAAAUUGACGGCCGACACAACAACUCAAAUGAAGACUACCGAACCUCUCGUUACUUUAAAUAAUGAAAACACUACACAGAAUUCAUUACGAACAGAACCACCAAUAACUGAUGGAUCUCUGAGCACUAACACAUUUAACAAAUCCAUUACUUUAUCCAUUAUGACGUCAGAAUACUUCACAACUGAGGAGACGCUAAUAUCGACAUUGCAGACGGUUUCAAAUACGGGUUCAGUCGCUAGCAGUGAAAAUACUUCGGAGAUGGACCGUUUCAAUACAAUUGUGUCUCUCUCAUCCAAAAACUGCGUAUGCCCAUGUGAUUUUGUUUCUAAAAAUAUAACUGCUGAAAUGUUACAAAAUCGAAUAGAUGAACUUAAAAGAAUUUUAACUGUUGAUAAAACUACUUUAAGUUCCUAUAUACGGAAACAUACUAGUGCCAAAGAUGAAAGGCCUAGUUCAAAAGCCAUUGGAUCAAUGGGAAUUUUGCUACUUACUUUGACGAUAUGUUUUAUAGUGCUUAUUGAUUUGUCAACUUUUUGUCAAUAUAUUAAGUGCAAACGUUUGAAGAGAAAAUAACUUAGAAGGAAAACGAUGUAAACGAAUGGCGAAUAAGUAAAACUGUUACUUAAAUCUAUAUGGAACUGUUAAUCAUUCUACAUGGAACUCAUUAAUGUUAUUAUAACAAUGGGA